AUGAACUUUAUUGUGAUGAUGAUGCUCGGAUUGGGAUUGGGGCUGAUUGGAGCGUACUACUUCAGGAUGGAUGAGGAGUCACGUGAUAUUGAUGUAAAUAGGGAUGUGUGUGAGUUAGUUAGGCAGAAUGUGGAGAAGACUGAGAGUGGAAAGGAGAUUUGGGAGGAUGAGGAGUUCUACAUUUUGGUGAAGAAGAUCAACGACUACGUGAAUGGGAGAUACACCGGGAGAGGAGCACGUGAUUUGGAUGGGUUUUAUAAACCAAUGGAUUUUCUAAAGAACAAGUAUCAUGAUCAGAGGUAUGCAGAAUUGGUUAAGAAGCUAUUUUGUAAGAGAGAUUGUAAUAAAAGGGUGAAGAAGAGAAAGAAGAGGCAUUACAGUAGUAGCAGUAGUAAAGAAGGGGAUGAGUCAGAUUAUAGUGAAGUUCAUGAUAGGAAGAAGAGGCACAGUAAGGAUGAACAUGAGAAGAAAGAGAAACCUGAUAAAAAAGAAGUGAAGGAGAAGAAAGAGACACACGUGACUGAUAAGAAGUCUCAUGAAAGCACUAAAACCAAUACUAGUGGAGUUCAUAACAAUACCGAAAUUCAUAACAAUACUACAAGGCCUAUUAAUAGUAAUAACACCACUAAACCAGUAGUAACACCACAUCCAAUACAAAUGGUACAAAAUAUAAAGCAACAAAUUAGAACAAGACCAACCAAACCAUUCAAGGAUGAAACAAGUGAUCAAUAUCACAAGUGGGCAACCAAGUACCUGAGAGAAGAUGGUGAAGAGAGUCAUCAACACAGACACGUAACCAAUUCAGAUGGAGAACCGUGUUCCAACCUGAUAAUCAAAUCACCCUAUGCAGAUGAAUCAGAAAUAUCCCAAUUCAUAGACCAAUUUGAGAAGAAAAUAGCACAGAAAAUAAAAAUUGACUGA